AUGGAAAGUGACUUGUUGAUUGUUUGGAGCGUUGCUUUUGCCGUUACAGGGAUUAUAGUGAUUGUGAUUAACUCCUUGACUCUAUAUUCGUUUUCCAAAAACAAGUUGCUGCAAACCCGUAGGCAUUUCAUGAUUAUCAAUCUUACAGUGGCGGAUCUUCUGUUCGGUGCUACGGGAAUGUCAUCAGCCGUUUUCUACCUACUCAAUCCAUCAGACAUAAGUUUUUGUUUGUUCGCCAUCUUAAAUAUGUUCACCAAACUUGCUUGUCUCAUAACCCUGUGCCUAAUUGCCAUAGAACGAAUGCACGCUAUCGUUUGGCCUCUCCGUCACCAAGUUUUAGGGUGCGGCGUCUACAAAACAGCCUUGGUGUUGAGCUGGAUAUUGUCAGCAGUUGCAGCUACGACUUCAAUCGUGAGCGUGUACUCGUACAACUCUGUGCUUGCUGAGUCUAUUUUACCAGUCUUGAUCGCAGCUGGAAUUAUCACCAUGAUCACAAGUUACAUAAGCAUAUGGGUAUCCGUUCAUCGCAGAAAAAAAGACAAGCACAACACAGCUUCAAACCAGGAUAAAGGCUUGGCUAUUACACUUUUGUUGGUGGCAGGUACUUUUGUGGUCACGUGGGUCAUUCCCGUGCUUUAUAUGUCCAUUUCUCACCUUUGUUCGUGCUAUAAGCCUUCACUUUCAGUUACGCUGUUGACGUAUCUUGCGCCUGCACUAGAGUCAGUAAUCAACCCCGUUAUUUAUUGCUUUCGAAUACCUGGCUUUCAAGAUAAACUUAAACUAAAGAUGGUAACGUUGAACUGUUUCAAGAAAAGGGUAAAACACCGUGACGCAACAACCGAAUUAAGUAAAAGGAAGAGCGCACCGAGCAACGAAACCCAAAAGGAAUUGUCAGUCCUGUGAUCCUUAAUUCACUAUAAUAAAGACUAAGUUACUAAAGUUUUAGUGGAGUAGAAAAUAAAAACUUAACGAAAGGGAAAAAAUCGUUUUAGUUAAUAGCAGGAAGAUACUGACUGUUGUUUGAUGUCCAGGGCAUACGGCGCGGCGGGUUAUUGCUUACCUAUUCUGACGUAUAGAGCUGGCGAAAAUAUUAAUCCAAUAAUUAUUAAUUGCUAACCGUUAUGGAACUUUAGAAGCAGAUCGGAUCAUGUCAACGUAUGAUUGAUUAACAUUAAAACCUGGUUUUGAUAAACAUGUUCAUGUUCAUGUUCAGGGGCAUGUUACAGGGACGGCGCGAGUUCACUCCGGUUCCCCUUCGUGGCUCCGUAUUUAUUUACAUCACCACAAAAUGGGACCGGCGCAAGGUACGACGGCGUGAGUUCACCCCGGUAGUUGUGCUGAAGCGAGAAUUUCACUCAUGCACGAAACUUCACAACAGUUUCAUGUAAACGCGAAACGACCACUCGUUUCUGUGUGAAAUCGGUCUGGCGAGUAGACUGGAACGGGAAGCGCAAACAUGUAAACGCGAUAUGAAAUCAAGAAGACACCACAGUGAAACUCGCCCCGGUGCGAGUUUUCUCAAUUAUUGUCUCUUUCUGUGUCCUCGGGGGUGGGGAAUAGACCUUCAAGAAAGAAAAAAAUUGCAAAUUCCCAGGGAUGUCCGGGGGGGGGCAUGGUUACAAGUCAACCAUGUAUAAUUGCUAACUUAUUACGUUUUAGCAAGUAGAAGCAAUAUGCGCUGGCACUCUGUUGAUCAAACGAUAGAUUAAAUAAUAAUGCUAUCCAGCAGAUAAAUCACAAUCCAGUAGAUGAGAAUUAGGGGGUACACUAGUUCCGUUAUUCACCAGACAGAGUUUUAUCCAGUGGAUGGCGUUAUCAACCCUUAAAACUGUGACCAGGAAAAAUAAAAAAGAUCUAUAGAUUUAAAAAAAAGCAUCACCAGCAAUACCCGCUACAGUAACUGAAGGCCUAACUGUUCCGUUUGUGCUCGGCAACUUUUGAGCAACUUUUGGCUUUGGGAGACUUAAUGUUUACAAAAACGCGAGCAGGAGGAACUCAUUAAUGUCAGUAUAAUAUAUUAAUUAAAUCUUGACAAAUCUUAGUGCGAUGUUCUAGCAAUCGGCAGCUGGAUCGGCUAAGGCUAUCCUCAUGAUGGACUGUUUCGCAUUCGUUUUUACACAAUCGGUGCUCAAAUUGAGUGAAACUUACUGUGAGGUCUGAAAUUGCAUUAAAAACACUUCGUUUUCUGUACAUGUCGGCCAGUCAUACAGAUAGUUCAGCGCUCAUGCCACCUUGGCAUGAGCACUUACAACAGACUUGUUUCGUGACAGAAGCUCAGAUAUGGCGUGACCCGAUAAGCGGUGCACCGCUACGGCCCUUGCAGUGUCGAAUGGUAAAGCUCUGCCCCACUGCAGAAUGAGUCGAUAAGCACUUGAGUGCAGCGGCCGUUUUCUCUUAGGAGCCCAAUACAUCACCUGUUGGUCAGAGGCGACCACCCAGACCUCGGUGUAACUGACGGCUCAAUACCACUCGCCGCGCGUAUGAAAACAAGCACCCCGUGGAAAGCAAGAAACCCUCCACCUGGCUUGAGGUCACUGUAUUGGCAGCAACGGGCCACCCUUGUUUGUAAAAUCCCCUUUUAGUACUUAAAGCAAUAUUUUUAAUUUAUUGAAAGAAUUGCUGCUGUUCCAACUGUUCUAAAUUAUUAUUAGAGGUGAAGAAGUAAUACACUUUAUUUGCUUCUAGAAUUUGAGCAUAAAAAAUAAAGUUUCAUCUACAUGUAUCAUAGACAGAAGUAACACUCCAGGGAUCAUCUAUUUCCCUUGCUUGCUGGGAUGGAAUCCCAGUUUAUCUCCUUUUUAUUUAUACGUUAUAACUAUCAUAGACUGAAGUAUCAGUCUCGGGAGCUGCUCUGUCCCUUGCUUGCUGGGCUGGAAUCCCAGUUUAUCUAGUUUUAAUAGUAAGUUUCAUCUAUCAUUGACUGAAGUAUUAGUCCAGGGAGCUCCUGACUCCCUUGCUUGCUGGGUUGGAAUCCCAGUUUAUUUAGUUUUAAUAGUAAGUUAUAACUAUCAAAGACUGAAGUUUCAGUCUAGGGAGCUUCAAUCUCCCUUGCUUGCUAGGUUGGAAUUCCAGUUUAUUUAGUUUUAAUAGUAAGUUUUAACUAUAUUAUAGACUAAAGUUGCAGUCCAAGUAGCUCAUGUCUGUCUACUGAAGUUUUAAUAGUAUCAUCUAUCUUUGACUGAAGUAUCAGUCAAGGGAGCUCCUGCGGAGUUAAUCUUGGGAUAAUAAUGCGUUAUCACUAUUACAGACUAAAGUUUCAGUCCAGGGAACUCUUGUCUACCUUGCUUGCUGGGUUGGAAUCACAGUUUAUCUAGUAUAACUAUCAUAGACUGAAGUUUCAGUCCAGGGAGCUCCUGUCUCCCUUGCUUGCUGAGUUGGAAUCCCAGUUUAUCUAGUUUUAAUAGUAAGUUAUAACUAUCAUAGACUGAAGUUAAGCCCACUUGUCUGCAGAAUUUUUUUUUCUGAGGCACAAGCUUUGCACGAAUUUUUUUCCCCACACAUUUCUUCUUUCGUGAAUUAUAAUGUCUAAGAGAAUCACAAAUUAUACAGGGUUCGUGGUUAGCACAGUCUUGAAAAGUCCGUGAAUUUUGGGGAAGUCCUCAAAAGGUCCUUGAAUUCCAUUUUUCUAGGUCCUUAAAUUUCUGUGCAAGUCCUUGAAAAGUCCUUGAAUUUUCUUCAACUUCGAAUGCACUGGCCUGGAAAUAAUUUUUUGAUGCUUUUUGGUUGUCCAAGGCAGAAAAUAAAUCAUAGCUUAGAGAAUUUAAGGUUAUUUACAUAAAGUGGUCAAUGUUUUAUGCAUUAAUUAACCAUCAGUUUAAGACAAGUGAACUGGAAAAUGUAGAGAAGUUCGUGAAGCAAAAGGGUUCAAGCCUUCAAGUCUUAUUAGAAUAGACUGGGAAUGCGCAUUUUUGUACAAUUUGUGAAAAUAUAUCCCUAGUAGGUGAUCUUUGAAAAUCUAUGUCCUUGAAAAAUGGUGGUUGCAAUAAUUUUUGUAUGAACCCUGUUAUAGUUUGCCACUUGGUUCCUUUUUGCCGCGUGUCUGUUCAGUAAUGUUAAAAUGUGUUUUUGGCACAUGAGCCGCAGACAUUUUGACUUCUUCUGUGAUCUAUUGCCGAAAAGACCUGCGCAACUGGGGGCACAAAGGAAUCUUAUCUAUUUGUCUAAUUCAAUGAACACACAAAAAAAGAAAAAAAUCGGCAAACUUGCCUCGUAGCACGCUUCCCGUAAGCAGAUUGUAACUGUUACCCAGUUUAGGCGUUUUCUCAGUCACCAACGCUAACUCUCUUUUUUCUUAAGAACUACUUACGAAAUAUUAUAUCGACCUGAAUAGCAAUCGGCAAUGGAUGGGAUUCUCUUCCUUUUGAAAACCGACUCUUGGACUGAUAUUAUUUAACUAAAUAACGCUCAUGACAAACCUCCUCCAUUUGAUAAAGAUAGUAAAAGCUCUCUGGAGAAAAAGACAGUUUUCUGUCUUGAUCUACCUACGAGUUGUUUAUGACUGACUCGCUUAUUACAAACAGCAAUGUAAAAGGUGCUUACUUUGAAAUGGCCAAUUUUUUUGAUAAUUGCAUGAUAAUUACAGUCUACGUCAGGCCGUAAGGAGUUACUAAUGAACUAGUAUUGAAUGACUUUUAAAUGGAAAUGUCGAACAAAAGACUUGAUUGUUUUGACCUAUAUGUUGCCGGCCGAACUAAACCGGCUUCAUGAAAGAGAUUUCUGUUCAAUUUUUCAAUUUUCGAAAGGCUGAUCAGUAAUUUUCCCUCAGUGGCAUUUGCCACUCCUACUUCUCGAUGUUCCAUUGAGGGAUUCACAGUUACUAUCUUUAAAGAUGAAAUUCAUCUUCUUAGUCCAAUGCUGAUGUCUAAUUAUGCUUUGUUAUUUUUGUUGAAAAACAAUUCAAUGGUUUUACAUUAAGCCUCGAACGGGCAUUAACAAAGUAAGGGAUCGAAGAAUAAGAAAUAAAAUCGUCGGCCCGAGCAUUUUAAUUUUGUAACGUUCGCGCAAAAGCGUAUGCAAAUGUUGCUAAAAGUUCAUUAUCAAUGGUCUUUUUCAUAGUUUUAUGGAUCAUUUUUUGGCUUAUUUUUAACAUCUGAUUACAUUUACUUGACUUAGUGUAAUUGACUCGUUUGUCACGGUCAUAAUACUCUCUGACUAUUCGUCAUUUGGAUGUUGUCAACUCCAGAUUUUCAUGACGCAGCUACAAAAACAAAAUAUUUCAAGUGCACGCCCGUUGUCAGUGUGCUGUAGCCUCGCAGUGGAAAAACCCCCUAAGCAAGAUUAGACGUGUAAGAACAGCUUUCCGUUGCCGCGCGUGUAGAGGCAAUUUAGUGGCUGAAUUACGGAUGACGCGGUGUAUGUUUAUCAUUUAUCUUUGCGUACGAGUCUAAACUGAUGAAAUUUAAAAACGGUCAGGGACAGUUGAAAAAUUCAGAAGGGCUCAAAAAAGGACAAUUCACAAGGGAAAAAAAGGGAAUAAAUAAUAAAUUAAAAUAGGUUGUAAUAGGUUAGCCAUAAUAUCGACUGAAACUGAGGUUAUAAGUGUUUUGACAGUUGGGUAAACUAUAUUUUUAGUAACUCGGGUAGAGGUUCCUUUUAGUUGAUGAAAAGAAAAAAAACGGGGAUUUGGUAAGAAAAAUAGGAACUAAUUAAGACUUUUUGGUGGUCUUUAUUAAAGAUUUAAAAAUCUUUUAGCAGAUAUCACUAUUUUAAAAAAGUGCAAACAUCGGAUAUUGUUAUGGAUAUCGGGAUAGCCUGUUUCAGGCUCCGAGAUAGUCGGGCCCGCUGAAUUGAGCAAGAGCGAAGACGAAGAUAAAACAGGAGGAAACUCCCUUCCUUUUCCUCUUUUUCGCCCCGCCAACUUUUCGAGUGCGUUUUACUUUCGCGUCUUCCCCACUAUCUGAGAGCCUGGAACAGGCUAAUAUCGGGAAGGCGCUCUAUAUGUUCUCCAUUCUGUGAAAAAAAGAACUAUUAAAUUUAGUUUUAACCUUAUUUAUGAACAUGUCAGGUAAAUAAACUAUUACGCAAGACAGUUAAUUUGCAUUUGUAAACAAAAACCUUUUUCACCCGUUUCAUUGAUAAAUUCAAGUCAAACAGACAAUUGAAAGCUUUACCAAUUAAAACUUCCAAACCGAAUUUCGUCAUCUUCGUCGUGUUUUUCGGGAACAGCUUGUUUGAUUAUUUGUGAAAUUUCUUUGUUUAUUACGGCAGCAAACCGGGAGGCCAUUUUGCUCGUAACUUACGCGAGUUUGGCGUUGCUCGCUCGGAGGAACUGGAGGUGAAUCAGUGAACAACACUGUAUAUCCGAAAGGUUGAUCAUGAGUAACCAAUCAGAGCUCGCGAAAAACACUAUCUACUGUUUUAGAAUAUACUUUAUCUUAUCACCCACAAUCGAUAGAUCAAAAUUCUAACAUGACUCCUUAGCUUUUUGGUCAAAAUUGCGCAGUUUUCACGACUCCAUUGCCCCGCAACUUUUAAAAGAGGCUGAGCACAAAGAAAACCAAACCAAAUUUAGAAAAAUGACCAGAAAGCCUCUGAGUCAUGUUAGAAUAUAACGAACAUGGGCCAUUGGUAACACCAGGGCGUUUAUCAUAAUAUUGGGGUUUAUCUUCUAAACUUAAAGAUUACAUGCACCUGGUGGAAUUAUAAUUCAUCUAAGUCAUUAGUCUUUGUUAUUCUUAUUACUGUAUAAUUACGAUAUUGGCUUACUUUGUUGCCAAUAUCACCCCUUGACAUCUUUGACUGACUGAUUUACAGAUGAGAGGUGUUGUUUUGAGCAGUAAAGAGUUGCCGACUUUUACCUUGCACUAAACUGAGAAAAUUUAAGCUUUACCAGGUAUGUUUAGUCACUUCUUGUUGUUCAAACCAGAUACCGUCAACCUUACCUUGUGCUAAUUACCUUGCACUGAUUUAAGGACAGUUUGCAUCCUCUGAGAAAAUCAAUCAGUAAAAAAGACGUUUGUAAAAAAUUAAGGGCCACAAUAUAUUACACUACACAGUGACUAUAUCUUCGUCUUGAGUUAAAGCGAGUUGAACGGGUUUUUUUGCCGCUUGUUGUUACAGAAAAAAAUAAUGCUAAUUAAGUGUCAGCGUUGUCUUCUUAGCCUAUUCAAAAAUCAACAGUUUUAAGUGUUUUGUAUCGCAGACACAAACGGUCGGUACCAGGAGGGCAGUAAUACUACUACGUGCAAGUUUCCACACAGGCCAACAGAAAGCACACUACUUUACAAAACUUUUCUACUCUCCUUUUUCAGUUUUAUUGUCGGAUGGCAUGAAUUGAAUCACAACUAAAAUAAAUUCUUAUUCCCAUGAGUGACAUAGACAAUAUAGGCAUUGGCGAAAAUGUUGUUUGUUUUUAACAGAAAAAAAUUGUUACCAAUUUAUGUAUUUCAGGGAAUGAUCAUGUUUAAAACCCUGUAAUUAAGCCCGUAAUGUUGGACUGUGUUAAAACCAACGAAGUUCCAGGGACGUUUUUUUCUUAUUAUUAAGCUUCAAACACCGCGAUAAUGAUAUGCAUUUGAUUUAUGAGUCAUUUAGGGCGAGCUUUUCACUCUAAUGAUCGCUCUUUUGUACACGUCUACGAACAAAAGAUUAUUAUCGUUAAGUUUAGAACUGAUAAAAUCAUUUACUAUAUGGCUGAAUCCGUGAGCGGGAAAGAUAGAGCGAAAAAUCCUGCGUUCUGAUUGGCUAGUCAAUCAGAUGAGAUGGAUUGAUGGGCACAUCUUUUCCGCUCGGAAUUUCCCGGUUGGUCCAGCAAAAAAUGUUCUCUAAAUAUGGCCAUACAAUAAAUCCUUAAUUGUCCCGGCAAGCUUGUUCGGUCAAGAUGGCUAAAAAUUGGCCUCGUUUUCUUAAAUGGCUUUUUACUGACCUCAACUUUCUAUAAUUUUUCUGUUUUUAUGGACGGAAAUGAACUUGGCCAGGCAAUCUUGACAGAACAAGCCUGGUGUAUAACGCAUAACUUCGAUGAACCCCAGGCUAAUGAAGCCCACGUUGAAAGGUUCAGUGUCUAGUAUCGUGGAAUAUGUUUACUCUUUCCUUGUAUUUGGUCCCCUCCUUAAAAAUACUACUCUGGCUCCAGAGGUCAGUUAAUGAAGUUCGUGCUCAUACGAACCGUGAGCGCGAUUCGUAAUAUCAUUUCACGAUACAGUAUGUGGUCCUUGGUCCGCGGAAGUCCCCGAUGCCCUUGGUCCGCGUCUUUUCCGAAAAUGAUAAAAUAUUUCGUCAAGAAAAAAAAUACGUUGAAUGAUGAAAGAUAUCGUGAUUAACUGAUUAGCAUUCUUUCAUAUGACGAAGUUUCAGCUUUCUUGCUGCUGGUGAAGACGCGAAAUUAAAGUUUGUUGACAAGUAGGUUAAUUUGUCUUUCUUGAAGUUUGGAUUUUUGCGGCAACGUAAAUUACAUGGUCAUGUUUACUUAGCCUGCGAAUAACUAAAACGUAACGGGAAGACUUGCCUUUUUGCAGAACAGGUUUUCAGAUCAGCUUAUUUCUGCUCUUGGAAGCAUAUUGCUGUAGACUCUGAAUUUUUGUUUUAGCGACUCUUGAAAAAUAUCACCAAAUUUCGCUUAGCGGUCCUUGGUCCGCGGCCUAUGACCUUGGUUGAAUAAAACUUCCCAAAGCAAAAAGCGACGGCCUUUGUUUUCGAAGAAUGUUUUGAAAGUCGUCCCUAUACAUGUCUACAAGUUCUCUUUUUUUAAUACCUCGGAUACAUACAGAGUUUUGGGUAAUUAUUUUCGACCGCGCUAAAAACCGCUCGUCGACGCUCGUGUGGGAGACUCGAGGAGACUGUUGUCUGAACUCUUUGAAAGAGAAGCAGAUUAUUUUUUGCUCACAACAUCUUCCGAAAAAAACUUUAGCUUAAUUGCAUCAAGAAAAGAAAAAAAAUACAAGAAAUACUGUGAUAAUCACGUUUUUACGUUUUUAUCGUUUUAUCGUUUUUAUCGUUUUUUUACAUUUUUACGUUUUUAUCGUGCUGCUUACCUGAGACGCGGACCAAGGACCAGAUCCGCGGACCAAGGACCAUCGAAAACGUUCGCCUCUUUGCGAAUUCCAAGCAAAACAUUUAUGUCUGGAACUUGAAACUUCAGGAUUAUCGACAGGAACAUAAAAGCUAUCUUCAGGGAGUAUUUCAGCUCGUUACGUGAAGAUUCGGGUAAGAUAUUCAAGUUAAUGACUUUUACACGCGGACCAAGGACCAGAUACUGUACAGCACACUAAACGGUCCAAUAAGAUACUCAGUAAACACAGGCGAAUAAAAACUUACUUUUUUUAAAGUCUGCCUGGCAAUUUAGGGUCUUGUAUUUUAGGGUACUUAUUAGUAAUUUACGCUAAGUAGGUUCUUAAUUAGGUUCAUUUUUGUGAAGGAGAUAAUGGGUUGUUGAUUACCAGAAAAAAAUACUCACAGUAUUUAGUCACAGGUUUAUUGAACCUCAACAAAGCUGAUUACCAAAUUCAUAUCAUUUUGGUACAGUCCGGUCUUUUCCAAAAAAAUUAAAUUUUCAAUCUCGAGGUUACACUCCUUAGCCUACUCUUGGUUAAAUUGGUUAUUAAUAAUAAUUUAACCGUAACCCACAGAUAAGAACCUGUUGGGUCUUGUUUGGUUAAGAUGAACAGGUUCUUGAAUUUUUGGGUAUUAAAGUGCCAAAUUUCUGCCUGGAGGUUCUAUAAUCCGCUAGGUUCUUAUUAUCGGGUAUUUAUUAUGUACUGAUUUGGAUGGAAAAAAAACGGAUAAAACCAAAUGCGUCCUUUUUUUUUGAUAUACAGGCACAACCAUACAUGAGAUCACGAUGAAGAGAUUUCGAGGAUUACCGUUAGCCAUGGAAAGUGACUUAUUGCGGAUUGUUUGGAGCGUUGCCUUUGCCGUUACAGGGAUUAUAGUGACUGUGAUUAACUCUUUGACUCUAUAUUCCUUUACGAAAAACAAGUUGCUGCAAACCCGUAGGCAUUUCAUGAUUAUCAAUCUUACCGUGGCGGAUCUUCUGUUCGGCGCUACAGGAAUGACGUCAACCGUUUUCUAUCUACUCAAUCCAUCCGACAUUAGUUUUGGUUUGUUCGGCAUCUUAAAUAUGUUCACCAAACUUACUUGUCACAUAACCCUGUGCUUAAUUGCCAUAGAAAGAAUGCACGCUAUCGUUUGGCCUCUUCGUCACAAAGUUUUAGGGUGCGGCGUCUACAAAACAGCCUUGGUGUUGAGCUGGAUAUUAUCGGCAGCAAUUGCAGCUACGACUUCAUUCUUGAGCUUGUACACGUACAACUCUGUGUUUUUUGAGUUUACUUUACCAGUCUUGAUCGCUGCUGGAAUUAUCACCAUGAUCACAAGUUACAUAAGCAUAUGGGUAUCUGUUCAUCGCAGAAAAAAAGACAAGCAUAACACGGCUACAAACCAGGAUAAAGCCUUAGCUCUUACACUUUUGUUGGUGGCAGGUACUUUUGUGGUCACGUGGGUCAUUCCCGUGCUUUAUAUAUCCAUUUCUCACCUUUGUUCGUGCUAUAAGCCUUCAUUUUUAGUUAGGAUGUUGACGUAUCUUGUGCCUGCACUAGAGUCAGUAAUCAACCCCCUUAUUUAUUGCUUUCGAAUACCUGGCUUUCAAGAUAAAUUUAAACUUAAGAUGGUAGCGAUGAACUGUUUCAAGAAGAGAGUAAAACACCGUGACGCAAGUCAAAUUGUUAAACGCAGUUUUCGGGCAAGGGGAUCAGGGAGUUCUCUUCUCCGGCGUGGACACUUUUACUGUCUUACAAUGUAUCAAUAAUCUUGAAACUAAAAGGUCAUAUAAAAGAAAGGUUAAUCUCAAGAAUCUUAAAUUUAAAAAAAAAUCUAUCUAGCGGUUUAAAAACUAUUCGUCAAUUUGUUCAAGAAGACCAAAAUGUUUACAAAACCGCUAACCAGAGCGCCUCGAUAUAUGCUAAUAAAACCCUUCUUUCUAGCAAUCGGCUGGAGCUAUCUCCAUAAUUUUUCACACACGUUUUUAAAAAGAUUGAAACUACUAUGAAGUGAAAUUGCAUGUAAAAAGCGCUUCAUUUUCUACAGAUAACGGCCAAACAACAAUAUUGUCCAUUUUUUUCUGUAUUUCUAACCACAAAAACUUCAUCCCAAAAUAUCUCGUUAACGCUCUUACAGAUUUCGCUUAAACUUCACGAACAUCGAGGCCGCUAUUGGAGGAAAAAGCUCCCGUGAACGAUUUUGGAAGAACAGUUCCCAGUGCCGAGAUAUACUGCUGCAAGUAAAAUAGGUAAUAGCGUCAUUUCGUUGCUAUGACAACUCCGAUGCCGUUGCAAACCUGAUCAUAACAAAUUUUCAUCUUUAUCUAAUACAGCUGUGGUGGCAAUUUUUCAAAACUUUGUUUAUGGCGACGUAGUUUAUGCUCAAACUUGGGAGGUAUUGGCCCUGAAAAACUGUAUCGAGCCACCUUAAGAGCAGGUUUCCAGCAAAGGCAUUAGGGAGUUUUCCUCUCCCGUGGGAAUUUCUGGGUGUAAUUCUCGGUUUUCCCAGGUUGAAGUUUCUAGUUGUAAGGUACAUUGUAUUGGGAUGAUGAUGCUAAGUAAGUGAAGAAUUAGGGCAAAGGAAUAAGAGAGUUCUCAUAUCCCAUGGACACUUCCGGGGUAUAAAUCCCAAUGGUCCUUCCUUAAGGUCAAGGGUACUGUACAAGUGAGAAAAAUAAACUUAGAUGAAUUUAGUUAACAGAUAAAUUUUAAUUAGCUUUUAAGUUAUAUUGCUUUUUAUAAAUAUCAGAGUUUAACGUAACAGUUCUGAAAAACCUGCCUCCCACUGUUCCUGGGUUUAAAUCCCGGGUAGCCUUGUGAUGUACUCAGUUAGCUUUGUUUAAGUUUAAAUGUAAUUGUUCAAGGAGAACCUGUCUUCCAUUGUUUCUGGGUUAGUAGACCAUUUGACCUACGUGUGUAUUACUUCAUAUCAAAAUCAGAAUUUCUAUGUAAUAGUUCAGGGAAAACCUGACUCCCAUUGUUUCUAGGCUGGAAUCUAAGUUACCCUAAGUGUAUAUUGCUUUUUACAAAUAUUAGAGUUUCUAUGAAAUAGUUCGAGGAGCGCCUGUCUCCCAUAUUUGUUGGGUUGAAAUCCCAGUUCACCUAGAUAUAAGUUACUUUAUAUAAAAGUCAGAGUUGCUGUUGUAAUAGUUCAAGGAGCGCCUGUCUCCCAUGUUUGCUGGGUUAGAAUCCCAGCUGACCGAAUUAUAUAUUACUUAGAGCAUCCGCGCAAUAGUUCAGGGAGCGCCUGCCUCCCAUAUUUGCUGGGUUGGAAUCCCAGUUGACCUAACUAUAUGUUACUUAGAGUAUUCUUGCAAUGGUUCAGGGAGCGCCUGUCUGCCAUAUUUGCUGGUUGUAGUCCCUGUACUAACUAUAUAUAUUACUUAGAGUAUCCAGGGAAUGCCCGCCUCCCAUGUUUGCUGGAUUGGAAUCCCAGUUCACGUAGAUGUAUAGUACUUUAUAUAAAAGUCGGAGUUUUCUUGCAGUACUGAGUUAGGGAGCACCUGUCUCCCAUGUUUGCUGGGUUGGAAACCCAGUUGACCUAACUGCAUAUUAGUUUGAAAGUCAGUUACAAUCUUCUCGGAGCGACAACUCUUUCCAAGAAAACCCGAAAUUAAACCCAAAGUAACCCUAAAUGUGUUGCUACUGGAAAAAAAAGUAAAAGCUUACAACAGACUUGUUUUGUAACAGAAACUGAAAUAUGGCGUGAACUGAUGAAAAGCGUACACUCUGUGUGAGUGCAAAGGCCACAAGAAUGACUGUGAGUUCCGCUUGCAACAGACCAGGCCUCCUGGGCAUGAGCACUUAUAACAGACUUGUUUCGUGACAGAAGCUGAGAUAUGGUGUGACCCGAUGAGCUGUGCACCGCUACGGCCCGUGCAGUAUCGAAUCGUAAAGCUCUGCCCCACUGCAGAAUGAGUCGAUAAGCACUUGAGUGCAACGGCCGUUUUCUCUUAGGCGCCCAAUACAUCACCUGUCUGUCAGAGGCGACCACCCAGACCUCGGUGUAACAGACGGCUCAAUACCACUCCCAGCACAUAUGAAAACAAGCACCCUGUGGAACGCACCAAACCCUCCACCUGGCUUGAGGUCACUAUAUUGGCAGCAACGGGCCGCCCUUGUUUAUAAAAUCCCCUUUUGGCACUUUUAAAGCAAUAUUUUUAAUUUAUUGAAAGAAUUGCUGCUGCCCCAACAGUUCUAAAUUAUUAUUAGAUCUUAUUAGAGGUGAAGAAGUAAUACACUUCAUUCGCUUCUAGAAUUUGAGCAUAAAAAAGAAAAUUUCAUCAACAUGUAUCAAAGACAGAAGUAACACUCCAGGUAUCAUUUAUCUCCCUUGCUUGCUAGGAUGGAAUCCCAGUUUAUCUACUUUUUAAUAAUACGUUAUAACUAUCAUCAAGAGAGGAUAAAGGGGACAGAGAAGGUAUCCCCCAUACGCACCCUAUUCCAUAGGUAAUUGGUGUCGAGUUAUUUUUAGAAUCGGGAUAAAGUUACCUCGCGCGCUGCGUGGACGUUUCGUGCAGGUUUCUUACGACUAAACUUCGUGCAAAACAUGUUGGGCGAAAGGCUAUAAAAGCGUAAAGAGAUCGAGAGCAUUCCUGAAUAUUGAAGCGAAAUGAGUCGGCGCUCACCUGGGAAAAGGGAAUCGCUGGACUCUUUGACAACCCGUGAAAUCAGUUUAACUCGAAGUUGUGGUAACCUCAGUGCUUUAAUAAAAUGAGAAAUUUCGCCGGUCUAUUGAAACCGGUCGUUUGUACAAUAAAGCAAGUAGGACGCCAAAUGUUAUUUUUGUUAAACAAUAAAAGACUAUUAAAAGAAUAAAUAUCAAACUAAAAAUUGCUCUCUUCAAACUGUAAAUUAUAAAUGAUCCUGAGAGAAUAUUCAGUGUGUUAAGGAUUUCCCUGCUGCACUGUUAGCUCUAUACAAGAGAGGAAGGGCGAUUCUUUUUUAAUUUCCGUUUCUCUGACACAGCUUUAGCAGAAAUCUCUCUGUAGUCGUUUUCGUCGACAAAACAAAUAGCAAUAUCGCUCUCACGUCCUCCGCCAUUUUGUUCUGCGUCAAUUCGUGAAGGACGCGUGGCUCUGAGCCUGGGUCAUCCACGCUGAACACAUUCGCGCUAUGUGAUUGGCUGUUGUCUAAUCCCCCUUGAGAUCUGUGGUGUUAAAAAUAACUCCAGACGAAUUACCUAUGGAAUAGGGUGUGUAUGGGGGAGGCCUUUUCUGUCCCCUUUAUCCCCUCUUGAUCUGCAGAAAUAAAAAAGACUGUUACCCCGGUACCUUGAAACGUGGCAUUGAGACGAGACAAUAUUAUAAGACAAAAGAAUAUCUGCCAUUUUGGAAUAUGGUGUACAUAUUUUGUUAUUUUGUCAGUCGUUACUGUUUCGCAAACAAAAAAUUAUACGUACUGUUAUUUAUUGGUGGAAAUUUCCACUUCACAAUUGAGCCAGAAUAUCAAUAGUUAUAUAAAAAGCAGUAGCACUUCAAUUGAUCCAGUAUAUAUUUUUUUUAUUUUGACAAUUGUUACUAUUUCAUAUUAAAACCAAAAUUACACUGUCAGAUAUUUAUUUUUGGGAACUUCCCAAGUUUCCAUUACACAAUUGAGUCAUAAUAUAGAUUGUUACUAUUCAAAUAUUUAAGGUGAUGUUACACGAGACGAUUCGCAACGACGAUUUAUAGCGCAACACAGCGUUGCAACAUUGUUACGACAUUGUUUCGAAUGGUUACAACAUUGUUCCAGCUUUGCAACGCCGUGUUGCGCAAAAAAACCGUCGUUGCGAAUCGUCCCGUGUAACAUCACUUUAAGACACAGAGGCACUUCAAUGUGUCCAAUACAUUUUGUUGUUUUAAUGGUUUCAUAUUAAAACAUAACUAUACUGUUAUUUAUUGUUGAAAAUUUCCAUUUUUAACUGAGAAAAUGCCAGUUAAAGAGAGAGAUUUUAAAGUAUAAUUAUUUCUGAUAGCAAUAUCAGUGGUAAUGAUGACUGUGUAGAAAGCAAGCCAUUUAUUUACUGUUACGAUUUAUGUUUUGUUGUAUGAAGAAAUAUCAAACAGUUGUUUUCAAAUAAAAGUACUAAACCACAAAUUAAGAAUUUCAAUUCUCUUUAUCUUUAGGCAUUGUUUAUGUUUAAACCUUUUUCCCAAAAUGCCAUGCUUUUAAUAACCUUAAAUGCUAUGCAUAUCGCUUCCGCUGCAAUAACUUUUUUUUAAGUAUCGCCUCUCGCAGGAGUUUUUUUUUAGACAAGUUUCCUAGCAGGAAUUUUUUUUGGGGGGGAGUGGGGGGAAUUGUCACCCCACCUCCGGUUUUUUCUAAUGGUACGUCCCUUAGUAAUUCAUAAAAAACAAACAAAAAAACAAAUAAAACAAAAGAAAGUGACGUUUACGUUUAUAGACACGGCUAAAUUUUCUAAAUUUCUUAGGCCAAAAUAACUUCAAAUUUAACAGCGCAUUCCCAAUGUGAGGUUUUGAUAAAGUGUUGAUUUGUAUGAAGACUCUGGGUAACGCCCAAAGUGGUCGCGAUUGCCUACGAGAGCUUUUCAUUACAAAGUUUCAGUCACAGUUCAAACGGGUUUUCACAGACGUGGUCGUACAGUUCAAACGGGUUUUCACAGACGUGGUCGUAACUAGAACUGGUCGCUUAUGGUCGCUAGAGAGCUUCGACUGUACUUCUAGUUUGAACCAUUUUCCAAGAAAUGAUUUGUACGCGACAUAGACGACGCACAUGACAACACUGUAAACGAGCGCUAAGCAAAUUAAAAGUCUUAAAAUUUCUUUUUUGACUAUGUUAUAGUGCAAAUAAACUGACUUCAACUAAGCAUUCAGAAGCUGAGUGUUGCACUCGGGUAUAGCAUCUCCUUGUGUGACUUUAACGUUUCUUUCUUGCUUAUCAACCUCCUGCGGACACCCACAACUGGAUAGCGCACUCGUCAAGCUAUCCACUAUUUAUUAUUGGCUAAAAACAAAACAGUCAAAAUUUUCUUUUCGGAGAAUACCGCAAGCCAAAUCCCUCUCGUUGAUCCUGCUUCCGAUGACACCUGCUGGUCACUGGUUAUAAUGACGUAAAUCCUGAGUGGCUUUUUAUAUAAAUCUCCGCUAUGUCACUGAGGUCGGGGGGCUGGCAUUUCAAGUGACUGACGCGCGCAUUAAUGUCAGUAACUUUAUCCUCAAGUACAAUACAGCUGAGUUAAGAAUUAAUAUUUACUUAAUUGUGUCAACUCUAGUACUGCUUCCAUGUUGAUGUCCGCGUUGAGUUCAUAACAGAUUCUGACCAUAAGACGAUCAAACGGCACAAUUCUUUAAGUAAGGUUGGUUAUUUUCCUACUAUUUACCAGAAAGUGCUUAUUUCACCUAAUGAGGUGACAAGUUAACAGGAGGAAAGCUUUGCUAGAGCGAACGAGAUCGCCUGCAUGCAUCUUGUUCGCUCGAUUGCGUCACAUCUUUGAGACAAGGCGCCUCAGAUUUUUGCUUCGCAAUUUGUGCGCUGUGACUUCAUUUCUUCCUUAACAUCUUACUGAUAGAUAUUUAUAAAUCAGUUACUGAAUUAAGCCGACUCGGUUUCGUUAAAGGCUAAUCAAUAACACCCCCCACCUCCCCUCCCCCCCUUGAUGGGUAGUCAUCAUAGUCGCGUUUUACAAGACUCACGAGUGAAAUAGUUACACAACCAAAAGACUGGGGACCUGAAAAGACAGAUUACGUUAAGAUCCGACAAACCACGUUUCUUUUUGUGAUUGCAUGACUAUAGGAUUAUGGAGCUGGCGGUCAAUAUUGUAUUGAAUUUCCAUUUUAACUCCAAGCUUUAUAUUUUUCAAUCAUACGGUCAACAUGAUCUGCUGUCGCGUCGUUAGGGGGAGCUCGAUGGCGGGCUUGAAAAUAAAAAGGAACGAAAAGAAAAAGAAAAAAACUUUGGCAACAUGAAACAUAACUGAUGAAAAUUGUAUCUUUUGCAACUUCACUGUGGAGACCGCGUAAUACAGGUGACUGAAUAAUAUUUAUUUAUUGAUAUUUUCCGUAACUGCAGAUUCGUGAUACGGAAACGGCUAAGCGUGAGUGCAUCUCAUGGAAUUAGCAAAAAUGUUUAGCCUCCUGAUUGCUUACACAAGUGCACUGUCAUGUAAUCUUACAUUAAUAUAUUAACCUUUCAUUCUCUUUCUUGUCGCUAGCUGAAGGCUGACCAUAGAAAUGCCUAAUUUUAACCACUCUCAAGAAAAUUUCCAUUCGUCUUGAUUUAGAAACACUUUAUAUCUGAGGGACACUUCUUUGACCAGCCUAAAUAUUGAUCGUGAUGUUUUUAAUAUUACAGAUCCUGAGGUCAGUAACAAUCGGAUACAAGCAUAAGGGAAUAUUUCAUUACUUUUCUCUGUCAAUCUCUGUUAAAAAAAGGCCUGUACUUAAAAGACAUAACUGAAAAGCCGACCUCUAUCAGGGGGUGUUUACUGCGUAAUACAUGGAAGGUUGCAUUUUCUAUGUCUGGAAGAAAAUUAUGAGGGUUUCAAAAAAAGUUACUAAUUUGCUAGACGUAUGUAUGGUAUAUAACGUUCAUUUUCUAUGUGCUUUAAAAUGUACCCAUCUAAGUCUGGCAUUACGGUUUACUACCAGUAAAUAUUUCGCGCGGACACUUUCGAUUACGCUGAUGUCCCGGAUGAUUACAAUACUAGAUAUCAACUCUCUUGUAGAUAUUCAACCCAACAAAACUAUAUAAACCUCGUGUAAGACCGAAUACUAGCAAGCAAUGAUUUUAUUUAAGGCAAUGGAUCUUUGGAGGCACAUUUCACAAUACCUUUAAUAAAGAAUUGAAUAAUACUCUUUGUCCAAAAAAAAAAAAAUGAAACCGUUAUCUACUGUCCUAGCAAGACUUGUUGAAAGCAAACAUUACCCUCAGCUCUACUAAAAUCACUUCUUUAAAACUUGCCCAACUUACUUUUUUCACUUUAGUAUUUUGCUAUAAUUGUUAUGAAUUUGUUCUUUCUUUUUUUUUUUUUCUUUUCGCUUUUUCUGGUUCCUCGCCUGUAUACAUUUUUAAACGAAACGUGAUGUUGUUAUGGUGGCCAACUAGAAAACCGAAUGGUUUACUUGGUCAUUAUACUCGAAUUUUAAUAUUCUAUUAGAUAGAAACGUUUAUAACUGUAAACAACUAAGCUACAGCCUGUUAGUAAAGGCUGUAACUUAGUAUUAGCUAACACAUUGUGAAGAAAUAAAUUGAAUGGGACUGAAUUGGAUUGAAGCUGUAGCUUUCCCUUCCCAGUGAUGGGGAAAUUUUUCAGUGUCACGUGAACAUCUCAAGGAGAAAGCUCUUCAUGCCCUCUUCAGUUUGAGACGACACACGAACCUUAGCAAACUAAAAGCAGCUCUCGGCUGUAAAAUAUUUGAUACUAUGCUUUAAAAAUAGGCAAUUAUACCAUUUUUUUAGAUGUUCGAAAAUCCUAGGAGAGGAAGGCAAGCAAGAAAUUUUACAGCUGCGUACAGUUUUUGAUAUGCAAUUUUCUACUUGUAGUAAACAAACCAUGAACGUAUUCCUUCAUAGUAGCCUAGCAUUAAUAUGUGUUGAUUUUUCCUGUAAAACAGAUUUCAUAAGUUAUCAUUUAAUGAAUGCAAAAACUCGUGUUUUGAAGUGCUGCUGUUUGUUGUUUGACUGAACUGAGUUUUGAGAAAGUUUGACACUAUUAAAUCGUGAGUCAUGAUUGGCUUAUGGUGACUUUAAAGAGAAGACAUGACUUGAUCACAGUACUAAAACCACAUUUUUUUACCUAGAAGACUCCGUUCAUACUUUUCUACUCGAGAAGCUUGUAAAUCACGGGCCGAAACGGCUCGUCAUUUACAAGCUUUGCUCGUGUUCUCCCAACAUCCCAAGUGGGUUAUCACGCCGGUAAACCCAUAGAAAGUGUGGUCUAUUGCUUAAAUAAAUUCACAUGCAGCUCAUUUAUAUAUGUCUAUACAUUUGUGGCAGGUGAUCGACUGCAAAAGUGAAUGCUUCUGGUGAUCAUGACAAGCAUAUAUUUUCGCAUUGUGCUCACUGAAUGACUAUUUACGUUUUAAUCCACAGGGAAAAUCUCCGAGAAACGAUGCAGCGGAAUUCAACGAAAAGCGUGUUUACCGGAACUGAUGCAUUGGUCGCUUGGGGUGCAAUAUUUGCCGUCUUGGAGUUUGCAGUAAUUCUUCUAAAUUCGUCGGCAUUAUACACUUUCAUGAAAAACAAGUCACUAAGGACGCGGAAACAUUUCAUGAUUAUCAAUCUUGUUGUGUCUGACUUUUUGUUCGGAGUUACGGGGCUUUCACUUGCUCUUUUCUAUCUCCUUGAUAGCUCGGUAAUUGCUUUUUAUGUGUUCAACCUUCUAAACAAGUUUACCAAAACUGCUUCUCUUUUGACACUAGGCCUUAUUGCUUUAGAACGAAUGCACGCCAUUGUCUGGCCUUUUCGUCAUCGAGUUUUAAGAAUCUAUAUCUACAAAGCAGCCCUGGUGUUUGCUUGGGCUCUGUCGGCCGCAUUAACUGCCAUCAUGUCCCUGAAAAUGUACAACGUGAGGUUUGAAGCUGUGUUACCAGCCACGGUCUUCUUUGUAACCAUCGAGAUGGCUGCGAGUUACAUUACUUUAUGGGUAUUUAUCAAACGCAGACGCCCGCAACACGACACCUCUACAAGUCAGGAUAAAGCCUUGGCUUUCACACUUCUUUUGAUUUCAGGUGCUUUCGUUGUCACGUGGGUAAUUCCAGUUCUUUUCAUAUCCAUUCCUCGCAUUUGUACGACUUGUCAUCAGCCGAAAGGAUCAGUCAUAAUGUGGCUGCACGUCGCCUUUGCAUUCCAGUCUGUGAUCAACCCGGUUAUAUAUUGUUUCCGUAUUCCUGGAUUUCAAGACACCUUGAAGGCUAAGAUAAAGCAAAUG